CUUCCUUCCGCGUGACCUUGGAGAGCAAAGCAAGUCCACUCUCUCUUUCUCUCUGUCCCUGACGAACAAAAGGAGACGAAGCAGAAAACGAGAAAUCACAAAAAAGCUAAAACAUGGAUGCUAAGAUCGGAAACUUCUUCGACUCCAUCGGCUCUUUCUUCAGCGGCGGCGAUAAGAUCCCCUGGUCCGACGGUGAUGUCAUCGCUGGAUGUGAAAGAGAGGUUAGAGAGGCUACAAACUCUGGCUCUGAAGCGCUGAAGAAAGAGUGUCUUAUGCGUUUGUCGUGGGCUCUUGUUCAUUCCCAUCAGCAGGAUGAUGUGCAACGCGGAAUAGCCAUGCUUGAAGCAUCUCUUGAAAACAGUGCUCCUCCAUUGGAAGACAGAGAGAAGCUCUACCUUCUUGCUGUUGGUUACUACAGGAGUGGGGAUUGCUCUAAGAGCAGGCAGCUCAUUGACCGCUGUAUCGAGAUGCAACCUGAUUGGAGACAAGCUUUGGUACUAAAGAAGUGCAUCGAAGACAAAAUCACAAAGGAUGGAGUGAUAGGGAUAGGCAUCACUGCUUCAGCAGUAGGAGCUGUAGGUCUCAUAGCUGGUGGUAUUGUAGCGGCGCUGGCUCGCAAGAAGUGACCACGAUCCUUAACUUGUUAAAAGCUUGUGCAUACAAUAGCAGCAAGAUGCUUUCUUUUUCUCCCUUUAAUCCUUUAUGACAAAACUUGUGUUUUUCCUCUGCCUUGCUUGACCUUUUUUUGAACAACGGAGUUUUAUGAUACAUAAAAAGCUUGAGCUUGAGUUGGAACUUUUUCAUUUUUACUUGAGUAGGAUAAUUCUCUUGAUGCCAUAUUAAUCUUCCUGUGGUUCAUCUGUCGCACAUUGUUUUGACCACAAAUUAGAAAACACUGCCACCAAUUAGUACUUGUAAAUUAGUAUAGACUUAAAAUAAUAUUAAGAUAACGUGUUUCCC